AUGCCCUCUCCGGCUCUCCACGGCCCGCCCCGGCCCGCCCUCACCCUGGACCGCGCCCUUCCCCGCCGCGCCCGUCCCUUCCAGGGCACCCGAGUGACCAUGGCUGCGGCGAAGGCGGCUGCCCCUCGGAGUCGGCAGUCGGGGCAGCAGCGAGCGCUGGACCGGGCGGUGAAGCUGCUGGAACGCCUGGAAGCGCAAUGCGGGGACCCCCGGCUAGCCUCGAGUCCCCCGUCUCUGCGGGACCUGCUGCCCCGCACAGCGCAGCUGCUGCGCCAGGUGGCCAAGGCCCGGCAGGUGGCAGGCAGCAGCGGUCCUGAGGGGCCCGGCGGCUCCUGGGACUUCCUCGUCGUCUACCUGGCCAACCUGGAGGCCAAAAGCAGGAAGGUGGCUGUGCUGCUAUCUCCGCCGGGCCGAACCGGGGCGGAGGACGAGCUCUUCCGGGAGGGCUCCAGGCUCCGGUGCCACCUGGCCAAGCUAUCCCUUAUCUUCAGUCACAUGCUAGCAGAGCUUGGGGCGCUCUUCCCCGGGGGUCAAUACUGUGGACAUGUGUACCAGCUCUCCAAGGCGCCAGCCCACACCUUCUGGAGGGAGUGCUGCGGGGUGAGGUGCCUGCUGCCCUGGGCAGAGUUUGAGUCCCUCUUGGGCACCUGCCACCCCAUGGAGUCAGGCUCCACGGCCCUGGCCUUGCGCUCCACCAUCGACCUCACCUGCAGUGGUCAUGUGUCCAUCUUCGAGUUUGACAUCUUCACCAGGCUCUUCCAGCCAUGGCCCACACUGCUCACGAACUGGGAGCUUCUGGCCCUCAACCACCCUGGCUACAUGGCCUUCCUCACCUAUGACGAGGUCCACGCACGCCUACAGGCCUGCAGGGACAAGCCAGGCAGCUACAUCUUCCGCCCCAGCUGUACUCACUUGGGACAGUGGGCCAUUGGGUACGUGAGCUCAGAUGGCAGCAUCGUACAGACCAUCCCUCCCAGCAGACCCCUGUUCCAGGUGCUCCUGGAAGGACAAAGAAAAGGCUUCUACCUCUACCCAGACAGGAAGAACCAGAACCCGGACCUGACUGAACUCAUCCAGAGGGAGCCCCACCAGCACAUGCACGUGUCUGAGGAGCAACUGCAGCUCUACUGGGCCAUGGACUCCACCUUUGAGCUCUGCAAAAUCUGUGCUGACAGCAACAAGGACGUGAAGAUCAAGCCGUGUGGGCACCUGCUCUGCAGCCACUGCCUGGCUGCCUGGCAGCACUUGGACAGCCAGACCUGUCCCUUCUGCCGCUGUGAGAUCAAGGGCCAAGAGCCCGUGAGUGUCCUUCAGUUCCCAGAGAGGCCAGCGGGGGCCAGGUCCGCUGCCGCUGCCACCGAGGACCCAGAGGACAGCAGUGACCUGGAAGACAGGGAGGAGGAGACAGGGCAGGUGACCCUCUCAGCACCCCCUCUGCCCCCUCAGCUAGACGUAUCCCCAACAAGACCCAGGAGUGGAGGUCGACUGAAGGUGGCACCUCCGGCCGUCCCCAGACUUCGAGCUCCUUUCCCCCUGACGAAAAGGACUGUGGCCUCGGUCCCACGGAGGGUCAACUCCAGCCCCCAGGCCAGGGCGGGGCACACAGGGUUCUCUCGCCUGGUCUAG